UUUUCAGAAUUAGCCCAUUCCCUCCGGUUCAAUUUUGGGCGGGUGAGCUUUCAAUCAGGUCGGGCCCAAAAUAUAACCAGCCCUUUUGGGCCCCAUUUAUUCGAUUUCGAAUCUUGGCUUUUCAAUCUUCUUCCUGGUCACUUUUCUAGAGUUUUCUCUGCAACCAAACAGAGCUCCCUUUUGUUAAUCGAAAUUUAUAUAGGUCUCUGAACAUUUUGGAAGUGUUAGGCUGAUCAACGAUGGCAACAGCUACCUACCCGCCACCGCCGCCGUUUUAUAGGCUCUACAAAGAUUACUUACAAAACCCUAAAUCGGCCCCGGAGCCUCCGCCUCCAAUCGAAGGCACCUACGUUUGCUUUGGUGGCAGUUACACUACUGAUGAUUUGCUUCCAAGCUUGGAAGAGCAAGGGGUACGGCAACUCUAUCCCAAAGGACCUAACGUUGAUUUCAAGAAGGAAUUGAGGUCGCUCAACAGAGAAUUGCAACUGCAUAUUUUGGAGCUAGCUGAUGUUCUUGUUGAGAGACCAUCACAGUAUGCAAGACGAGUGGAGGAGAUAUCUCUUAUAUUCAAGAACUUGCACCACUUGCUCAACUCGUUGCGUCCUCAUCAGGCUAGAGCAACACUGAUUCACAUUCUAGAACUUCAGAUACAACGCCGUAAACAGGCUCUGGAGGAUAUUAAGAGUUUAGGUAUGUGGCGGGAGUUUCUUGGAAAGGAAGCCAUGUGGUUAUGGGGCCAGAAUUGGUUGUGGUUUGGCUGUGCUAAUAGCUGUAGGAGAGAGGAAGCACAAAGACUGCUCAAGGAGUCACUUGGGACCCUAGAUGGACAGUAGCACAGCGAGUUUGAGCUUGUGUUGCGAAUCGCUCCUUUCAUGAUGUCGAUCCCUGUAACAAAGCUUAUGUUUCCCAGGAAUACUUGGAGUCAGGAAUAGAACGAGUGUAGUUAAAAGCUUGACUUGCUCUCUCAUCUUGUGGCAGUUUCAUUUUUAUUAAAGAGGAAUGUAUAUUAGUUUACGCUGUAAAAUUAUCAGGGAUUAGCAUACCCUUUUUGUUUUCAUUUUACACGUUAAUCUUGAUAUCAAAUCUCUCUAGGGCUGUCAAAGUGAAACCAGCUGAAAGUA